UUUUACCUCUCCCCGACCUAAACCCUCCUAAUUUGAGUCUAAAACCCUGCCUCCUUGUACAAUCUUCCUCGUAUCAAAAUCACCUCUAUCUAUUUCUCAGUUGAGUUAUAAAAGUUGGCAAGACAAUGAUAAAGAGGCGAUUUUACAAGCUUGAACACGGUGAUCGGGAUGCUCCUUCGGAAUCGUCUUCAUCUUCCGACGACUCUGAAUUGGAGGCAGCGGCAACAGAAGACGAAGAAGAGUAUGAGUAUGAGGAGGAGGAUGAUAAUGACACAAAGGAAGAGGAUGAUGUUGCUCGACUGACAGGGGGAAAUGAAUCUUCUUCUGGAUAUGAGAGUGAAGAUAGCUCUGCCCAUGAAGUUAAUCCCGACUCAUCUGUAGUAGGUCUUCCAUCGAGUGAUGAAGAUGUUACAACUCUGAAGGACACCAAGAUUUCUGGUGAAACUCAUUUGCUUGAGAAGGGCAUUGCAGAUCUAGAUAAUGCGCGGAAUAAUUUUAUGCCUGAAGAGGAUGAUAUUCCACGUGAUGCUUUAGACUAUGUCUUGAAAUGUAAAUCAGUUUUUAAGUGCAGGAUAUGUCCUAGAAUCGUCUGCUUGACAGUGCAGACUCUAAAUGCUCAUCUUAAAUCGAAAAGGCAUGCCCGCUCUGAAAAGCUGUUGAAAGAAGGGAGGCUUAAACUUAUGCUUACCGAGGAUGGAAGAAUCGAUGGAGAAAUUCAUCCUGAAGAGGAUAGCCCAAUCGGUGGCCAGAACCCUUCAGCAUCAAAGAAGAAAAGCAAAGGAUUGAAGAGGCAGCACAAGGGGAAGAAGUUUAAUAAGAAUGAGGAAAACUUUUUGCCCGUGGAUGGUGCUACAGAUUCAAGAAAGAACCAGUCCAAGAAGAGGCAGAAAAACAAGUGAAGAACGUAGUGAGAUCUUGGCAUCUAGCUGUUUAUUCAUUGAGCUAGAAUCCAUGAGACAAGAAGUUAAGGAGCAAUGGAAACGAGCACAUGAGCAUGAAGAAUCAAUCCAUGUUUGAUGGGACGAAUUAGUUGUGAUUGCUCACUGCUCACUGGUGUCACCCAAAAUAUUACAUUUCUUUUCAACUUUUGAGCAGAGAGCAAUUUUGUACUGGGAUGUUGGAUCUGAAGCUUCAUUCUAGUAAAUGCAUGACAGAAAUGCCUUACAUUUCAGACCGUUUUGGCAAAUCUGUUUCAUAAAAUGAAAUUGUUUUCAAAUUUAUAUUUUUAUGAUGUUAUGGCUACAUUGACGGAUA